AUGAAGCAGACGCUGGAUGAUCUGUUGGAUUCGAGCAUCGCGGCGGACACAAAAGAUGACGAUGGAAAGUCGGCCAUUGACUACGCAAAGCAGACCGGACUGACUUGGGCUAUUGAGAAAUUGAAAUCGGCUCUCUUAAAUGUUCCGAAAGCCCGAACGGAAGUUGAAAUUCAGAUCCGGAGCCUCAUGCCGAACCAGCACAAGGUGUCCGAGGGCAUUCGCGAAUCAGCAAAUGCCGGCCAGAUCAAUGUUUCGGGGACAACGGCCAAGGCCAUUGCAACCCAAAAAUGA